AUAUGAAGUUUGGGUUUCAUUUCCUGUGAAGCGAGCGAGAGCGAGAGCGAGGUAAUGCCGUUGGUGAGGUUGAAGGUGCGGAACGAGUUCGGCUUGGGACGGCCGGAGCUGUACGGAAACGGCACCGUCGAAGAUGAGGAUCCAAAGGCGGUUCUCGGCGGCGUUGCGGUGGCCGGACUCGUUGGAAUCCUUCGCCAGUUGGGCGACCUUGCCGAAUUUGCUGCCGAAGUGUUUUAUGGCAUACAGGAGCAAGUCACAAUUACAGCUUCUCGGAGUCAGAAACUGACAAAACGUGUUCGGCGAAUAGAAUCUGCAUUGUCUCCUCUUGAGAAGGCCGUACUGUCACAGACAAGCCACAUACAUUUUGCUUAUACAGCCGGCUGCGAGUGGCAUCCUCGUAUACAGAAUGGGCAGAGUCAUUUUAUCGACAGUGAUUUGCCAUUGUUUGUUAUGGAGUCAUAUGAACAAUGCAGAGAUCCUCCACGCUUGCACUUGCUUGAUAAAUUUGAUGCAGGUGGUCCAGGAUCGUGUCUAAGGAGAUACUCUGAUCCAACCUUCUUUAGAAAGGAAUCAAGUAACCCCAUUGUAGCAAAUGAUAUUAAGGUCCAAAGGGAUAAGGGUUUCCGUAAAAGCAAGAAGGGGAGGCUAUCGCACAGGAAGAUACCCAAGUCACGUCUAGCGUCUACAUCAGAGGAAACUAGUGGGACAUGUCCUAGUUCUCUAACCGAUGACAGACAGACUACUUCUCAGAGUACCUCCACAAAUGGCAUGGCUUGUACGUCUAACAUGCAGGAACUAUCUGAUGAGCCAGGACAACCUCAUCUGCAAGGACCAUCGGAUGCACAAGAACAACCUGAUGAACGAGUACAAUCUGAUGUCCAAGAACCAUCUAAAAUUCAUGAUUCUAGAAAUGAUUCAGGCUAUAUUGAGUAUUUCAUCCACAAAAGUCCAACAAGUGAGCAUGAGGAACAGCUUUCAGAGGGAUUGUUGCCCAUGUCUCCACAACAUGCUGAUAGCACAUGUUCAGAUGAGUGCAAGGACGCCAUAGAAGAUAAUAUCCAAUAUAACCCCUCUGGUGAACAGCCUGUGCCUUUUGCCCCUUCCAAUGCUUGGGAGGAGAAGAAAACACCAGACUCAUUGUCUGAGCAAAAAAUUGAAGAUGAAGAAUCUACAGAGAUACUUGAUUCCAAAUUUGGCCCAGGAACGCCAGACAAUGACACAAAAAGUCAAAGGGGCUUGGCUAGGACGGAUAUCCUGUUUGAUGAUGUCUAUACUGUGGAACAAGUACCCUAUAGGAGACAGCUCAGCAAGGUUGAAACAAUACCACAAAGUGAGAGCGAAGGAGAAAAUCAGAGCGAACGAGGGAGUGAAACAGAAUCUAGGAGUGAAGCUGAUGAGUAUGCAGAUGCACGUAACACAAUUGAAUCAGAAUCUGACAAUGAUUUCGAUGUCCAACCAACACAGAAACUGGAGCAUUGUUCAGAAGAUGUCAGAAAGGAGAACAAUGAUGAAUCAGCAGAUUCACCAUUUGGGCAUAUAGCACAGGACCCGGAACAUGAUCACUCCGAUGAUAAAUCUUGUUCUAUUUCUUACCUUCAAGGAAACAAAGAAGCUUCCCAUUCUUUGUCAGUUCCAGUGCUAGAGGAUACCAUGAGUAGUGAGAAGAAUUUUCAAGAGCCUUGGGACUCUGUUGGUGCUUUCUGUUCGUCAUUGGCAGAAGCUGAUCCUGCUGGAGAGAUUUUGCAAGAAGAACCUGUUGCCGCUAAUCUGUUACCAGAAGGAAUGUACUCAGAUGAAAGUAUCUCACCGGAAGAAUCUGUCCCUAUGUAUUCUUCUCUGGCAGAAGCUGUUCCUCACAAAGAUAUCUCACCAGGAAAACUUGUUGCCGUGUAUCCAUUGUUGGCAGAAGUUUUUCCCGAUGAAUCGCCAAAACCUGUUGAUAUGGAUCAGUCUCUGGCAAAAGCCAUUCCUCAGGAAGAAGUCUCUCUGGGAGGACCUAUUACUACGUGUCUGUUGUCAGCAGAAGCUUCGGUUUAUGAAAGGAUCUUGUCUGAAGAAUCUUUCACCAUGUCUCCCUCUCUGACAGAAGCUAUUCCUCUCAAAAAGAUGUCAUCAAAAGAACCUGUUGCCACAUAUCCAUUGUUGACAGAAGCUUUUCCCCAUGAAUCUCCAGACGAACCUGCUGCCACGGAACUGCCUUUGGCAGUUGUAUUUCCUCAUGAAAAUUUCUCUGUGGAAGAACCUGCUCCGAUGUAUCCAUCGUCAGCAGAAGCUUUUCUUGAUGAAAGGUUCUCUCCAGAAGAACCUAUUGUCAUGCACCCAUAUCUCACAGAAGCUGUUCCUCACAAAAACACAUCAUCAGAAGAAUCUAUUGCCUUGGAUUCUUUGUCAGCAGAAGCUUUUCCUGAUGAGGUGUUCUUACCUGAAGAACCUUUUGUCAUGGAUCUGUCUCUGGCAAAAGCCAUUCCCGAUGAAAUAAUCUCUCCGGAAGAACAUUUCAACGCAUAUCCAUCUUUGUCAGAAACUGUUCCGGAUGUUAAGAACUCGCCAGAAGAAUCUGAUGCAACAUAUCCGUCUGUGGCAGAAGCUGUUUCUUAUGGAAAGAUCUUGCCCGAAGCUCUUGAUGCUGCAUGCUGUUCUGAUGGAGACCAUGCCACAGAUGAACCCCACACAGCAUCCGAUGUUUCGACAAAUAAGAAAAGUUUAUUUGCUAGCACCGAACCAGAAUCAAACGAAACCACUCCUGAUAAAACAAUUCCUCAGAAUCCUGGGUAUGAUUUAACAACUUUUAAUCCUCGUGUGAGUGGUGAUGUUCAUAACAAGCUGAAGGUGGAAUCUCUUACUCAACUUUGCUCACCGCCUAUAUCGGGCAACGAGUUGUUGGAUGCAAAAUGUCCAUUGCCAGACGCUACUGUGAAAAGUUGUCCAGAUGUUCGAGAAUCUUUGUCCAGUGAUGUAAGUGUUGAAUCGGUUGCAAUCUGGAGCAAUGGUAGCCUCCUUGGACUUGAGCCAUCUAAACCUCCAGUUUUUGCUAUGCCAAUCUCUGAAAAUGGAGAUAUACAAAACGAGAAUAAUGGUGAAACAAGUGUUAUAUCAGACGGGUCAGUUGAGAUCAACGAGAAAGAUUCGGAUCUGAGCUCUCAACACAGAAGCGGAGUGAGUUAUUCUAUGGGGUCUUACCAGCAGAGUAAUGUGAUAUCAUUUGGAGUCUUUGGCCUCAGCCAUCGGUUACUCAUGAAUGGUUUCCGUAGAAACUUGCCAGCUUGCAGUUAUGAAGCCGUGCCUGCUAGUUCGAGUACAAGGGAAGCUGUGGAGGACGUAACUGAACAUGGUUACCAAGAAUCUAAUGGAUCAACCUUCAAUGAACCAUUUGGCUCUGAAUCACUCUUUGACUCGCCUGCUUCCUCACCCCGGCUUGAACAUAUGACGAUAUCAUUCAACCCAAUAGACAGCUUUGGAGUUCCCAAAUUGAAACUGAAGAUUCCUUCGCAGGCUCAAUGCCACGAGAGGGAGGCAGAAAUGUUCCCUUUGUUUCAGUUGGUUCCACAGACUGUAUCAUCACCUCAUAAUAAUGCCAGUGACUUGGACGAUGAUGACAACGAUACCUUCUGUAGAUCAUCACCUGGUAUUUCAGUCAGUGGUCGCACUGAUCACUCUUUGUCAGAUUCUGAUAUGUGGGAUUCUGAUGGAAACCCGGAAAGACAGGAUGGCAGCUUAUAUGAUGUGUUAUGUGGAAUAUCGCCCGGGGAUUUGGCAUCGAGCUUUGAACAAGUCGGAGAUAAGAAUACAUUUGCUGCUGGGAUAGGUGUGGAGCCAUCUCUUUCUGGUUACUAUCUCGAUAUUCCAUGUUUUGAUGAUGUAGAUACCUCUCGUGCUAUAAGAGAAGCACAGAAUGUCUCCUACACGGAGAUCCACGAGAAUCAUACAAGUCAGACAGAACCUGCAUCUCCAAAACCACCAGGUUCCCCCAAGCAGGACAAUGUUCCUGAACCUGACUUGUGUGGGUCAAGAAGAGAUCAACCCCUUGAACAUGAAUGUAGUCCGAAAAUUCCAAAGUCUACUUCCUUGGCCGAGUCACCAGUGGAAUCCACAGCAGAUGGAAAGCAAUUCACAGCAACCGAGCAAUCCGACCCGAGAGGGAACAGCUCCGAGACGCCUACAAAAGCAAAGGCUAUCCGCAAGGCCGUGGUUACGGACGAGGAUGACUGACAAACUGUAUUCGUCCGUCGUUCCGUCAGCAAAGAAUAGCCUUCUGGAACUCGAAAAAUGAAUAUCGGCUCUAGGGUUCAUACAUGUAGGACAACUAAGGUCCAUGUCUCUUUCUCUAUAGACUAUACCGCACUUUGUUCAUUUAUUACAAUAAUAGCAACGGAUUGUUAUCUGGCUUAA